CGAAUGACGCAGAGGUCAGCACUUUGGUAUGAACAGCUGAGGCGCCUUCGAGACGGGGCCAUCGGGCCAGCAGGCAGACCAGGCUGUCUUUAGUGCCGGAGACGGCUUUAGACUAAAUUGGAACUGCGACCAGCCCCUCCCCCCUCCGGUUUCACCGGGGCGACAUUUGAGUCCUUGGGCCGCAGGGAAACGGCAACGGGGAACAAUGGGUCCUCUUUGACGAGUGGGAAGAACGACGCCUCUUCAUACAGUAGAACAUUAUCAGAGGAAAUGAGAGAGCUAUUAAGCCGAUACAUCUCGGACACCCUCAGCUAUGUCAACACAGUCGAGGAAUUCUGUGACAUGCAUCCAAGGUGGGUCCAGCAAAGAGAGGAGGAACAAUCCAAGUUGGACCGCAUCAAGGACAUGGCGGACAGAAUCGACCUCAAAUUCAGCCGAGUCUUGAACGCGGAGAAGAAGACCAAGGCAAUCAGAGAGUUCACAAAAGACUAUCUUACUCAGGUGACUGCAAACAGGCGGCAUAAAGAGCUUGAAGAUGAGAUGGAGGCCGUGCUGAGGGACACUCUGAAGGGGCUGGGGCAGCUGGAACAUUUCAUGGAUGCCGUGGAGAAACUGGUGGUCACCUCGGUGUUUGUGUUUGCAGAUAAAAAUCCAUUGUGCGCCCUGCCUCUGGGGAGGGAACCGGCGAGCGUCCGAGCUAUCAUCACCUCGGCUAGAAUGGCCGCCCCUCUCCUCAUCCACUUUAAGAGGGACGCUUCUGCCUUCUUCACCCCAAACCUCCUUAAUCUAGAGGUACUGCACGUGUACCUGGAAAACUACAUACACAUCUCUGAACAACUUUGUAAGAGAAUUGAGCUGGGAAAAACAGAAACAUUAUGCAAAGAGAAGAAUGAUAAUUUCAUGACUGACAGCAUCACUGAAGUUAAUGAAAAUUCCAUACCGGCCAUGUUUGACCAUCUGCGAUAUUUGACUGAUAUCAGGAUGGACCAGCACCUCAGACUCACAUUCCUGUUCAAGGAGUCCGCGCUGUGUUUCAUUGGUCUGUUCAAACAGCGCCACUUCAGAAUGCUGGAGUUUCUGAAACAACUGGAAAAGAGAGCUGGCAAACUGGACAAGAUGAAGAAAGGGGGUUAUAUCUCCAGUGUGGCAGGCAGUGCAGUGGGGGCAACAGGAGGAGCUCUGACCAUUGCCGGCCUCUGUCUUGCCCCUGCCACCGCAGGUUUGUCACUGGGCCUCACCAUUGCAGGCAUUGGAAUGGGUGUCACCAGUGGCAUCAACAGUCUGACCACCAGUGUAACAAAGGUGGCAUUUAAAAGCUACCAGAACAAGAAAGCCAAUACAGUGUUUCAGUGCUUCAUGGAGGACAUGCAGAGACUUCAGGGAAGUCUGGAGAAGGUGGCCAGCAACAUUUGCCCUUUGGAGCCGAAAGUGGUGGCUUUAGUGGUUGGAAAGAAUGUUGGCAAAGGUGGUGCGAGUUUAGGAAAGAAGAUCAAUGCUAUAGUGAAAAAUGCUUCUGCAAUAGAGGCUUUAAUGGGAAAAGGUGUGGUCAUGGGUGCAGGCAAAGCUGGACUUCAAGAAGGUAAAAAUAUUGCGGCAGAUUUACCUGACAUUGGAAUGCUGGCCCAAGGGACUCCACUGGCCCUCUCAAAGACAUUGAGGCGAUGCGCAGUGGCCUCAAAUGCCCUAUUUAUUGGCCUGGACAUUUUCACCAUCUGUAAAGACAGUGUGAGCCUUGCAAAGGGAUGCAAGAGCAAGAGAUCCCAGCUCAUCCGAGCCAGGGUGGCACUGUGGCGCACAGAGAUUGACUCAUGUCAAAGGAUCCACGACUCACUGUGCCGAGGCAUAUGGAGGUUCAGAAAAAGUCAGCGAGCCCUGGAGAAACCAUUUUACUUUGCAAAGGACAUAAAGUCUCUAGAGCUGCCUAGGGUGGAGAUGAGCCUCCUGGAGGAACAUGGGGAGGAAAGUGGCUUACUGGAGCAGCCUGGGGAGGAGAUGGGCUGGUUGGAGCUGCCUGGGGAGGAGAUGGGGCUCCUGGAGCAGCCUGGGGAGGAGAUGGGACUCCUGGAGCAGCCUGGGGAGGAGAUGGGCUGGAUGGAGCUGCCUGGGGAGGAGAUGGGGCCCCUGGAGCAGCCUGGGGAGGAGACAGGCCUCCUGGAUCAGCCUGGGGAGGAGACAGAUAAAGGUUUUUGGAAGUGGAUAUGGAAUUCCAGCAAGGUGUUGAUGCUGUUGCUGUUUGUAUAUGUUUGGACAGAGAAGAUUAGGGCUCAAAUGUAAUUGGACAAAUUAACGCUAUCAUGAAUAAAAUGUUCACCUCACCUCACCACCAUAACGCCGCUCUGACGACGCCACCUUACCACCAUAAGGUCGCCCUGACGACGCCACCUCACCACCAUAAGGUCGCCCUGACGACGCCACCUCACCACCAUGAGGCCGCUCUGACGACGCCACCUCACCACCAUAAGGCCGCUCUGACGACGCCACCUCACCACCAUAAGGCCGCUCUGACGACGCCACCUCACCACCAUAAGGCCGCUCUGACGACGCCACCUCACCACCAUAAGGCCGCUCUGACGACGCCACCUCACCACCAUAAGGCCGCCCUGACGACGCCACCUCACCACCAUAAAGCCGCUCUGACGACGCCACCUCACCACCAUAAGGCCGCUCUGACGACGCCACCUCACCACUGGAGAGCAGUUUAUCUGGUUUACAUUUUUUCCUCGACUCCUACCUCACUUCUGUUAAUAAAACGCCCUAAACCCAGGGCCAUAAACCGUUUUCUAGUGUCUGUUCACUGCUUCUCCCAGUUACAACAUUAUUGUUACAUUUUGGGGGUGAGCGUGAAUGCUUGCUAACACACAUUUUUGUGCGUGCCAGCCCUCCCUGCUCAGCUGGAUUCCAUUCUCGUUUUGGCACAGAGAGCACUUGUUGCAGGGAUAAUGGAGAUUAUUGGAGCAUAAUAAUAUGAUGAUCUAGGAGGCUGACCGGUUUAAGGGGCCACCAGUUCCUCUUGGGUUUGACAGUCAUGUAUGUAUACCUUGAAAUUUUUUUAAAUCCAGUCUGUUAUAGGAAUAUCAGUUCCUCCUCCCAUCUUUCCUUAAGGAAUCUGUUGAGGGUGGAUUGACGGAAUAAAAUUUGUCACAUAAACUAGACAGAAGUUUGCUUGAAGCGGGGAACAUUCUGAAACAGAGACGGUCUAACUUUUUGAAAUGCAGGAUAAUUUGUAUGAAUCCCCAGCUUUCUCCAUUUGUCAAUGGUAUUAUCAAGUUUUGAGGCGGGCGAAGGAGGUGAUUCUCACUAUCAGGAGAAGGAAUUACAUUUGUUUCCAAACAUGGCAUGUGCCAUGGUACAGAGAGAAAGCUAUUAUAAAGUGGUUUCUACAGAUUACUUCUACUGGGACAUGUUCACAAUGCCAAUAGAAAAAUUGUGCAAUUCUUCACACUUAAUUUUAAACCAGCAAGACAAAGCAAAUAAGCAGGGAUUCAAUUGGAUGGGCUCCUGCACAUUCUAGUAUGUGAGUGA